CGUCUGACAAAUCAGCUGGUCUUGAGUUUGAGUCCUGAGUUUGAAGGCCGGAUUAUUUAAAUUAUUCGGAAUCUGAGUAAAAUAGUUUGAAAAUAAUAACAUCUUUGGAAAGUUUAACAACUUUUGCCGAGAAAGUCAAGAACCAUGAGAAUAUUAGCAUUAGCAAUCAUAUCUGUUACUCUAAUGUCCGGUUGGACAAAUGCAAAUAAAGCUGCAGACAAGUAUUCUAAGCAGGCAAAUGUUUUACCUGAUUCGGAAGUAUAUGAGCCGGAUUUCCGAAACAUACAGCGUCCAUUUCGGAUGGCAAAAUUAAAUUUGGUUUGGACAAAAGCUCAGCACCGCUUGACGGAACCAAAAUUGAAAUCUCUUUACACGGAGCUGAAGAUUCAUGAUAAGGAAGAAAUUGCCUGGAAACAACUGAAUUCGCAGCACAAAGAUAAGGAAGGUUUAAAAGAAGCGGAAUUACGAAAAAAGUUGAUUGGGAUUAUGAGCACAUAUGGACUGCUGGAAUAUUUUGACGAUACUCAAGACCCUGAAAAGUACAAGCCGUAUAAGGCAUAUUCCGGUAAGGUUGACAACUAUAUGAACAAAAGUUUGUUCAAAGACAAAAAGCUCAACAAGCUUUGGGAGAAAGCGGAAACUUCUGGGUUCACUGUGGAAGAAUUGAAUGCACUGAAGGAAGAAUUUGAACACCAUCAGGAAAAAAUUGAUGUCUACUACAAUCUACUCGAACAGUUGGGUGACGAUGACAGUAAAUCCGGUAAAGGGCACGAAAAUGCUGUGAAUGAAGAGGAACACGAUAAGUUCAAUGAAAUAGGAACGAUCGAGGAGGAUAGCAAUGAUAUCAUGACUCAACAGAAAACCGAGGGAAAGCAAAACUCCUUUUUGCACAAAUCUAAUCAAUUAAGAGAUAAACAUCGAGAUAUCAAAGACAACUUCGACCGCCUGGAACGAAUUGCCGCAAAAGGACCCAAGAGUCAGGAUUUUAUUGAACCGAAAGUACAAGGAUUGUGGAGAAUAGCGGUGAGUUCGAACUUUACGGCUGAUGAGUUGGCUUCGUUGAAGGUGGAAUUAUUGCACUACGAGAGUCGUUUGCUAAAAUUGCGACACAUGCAUGCGGAACAUGCUUUGAGUAUGGAGAAGCAUAAAAAUGCCAAACACGGUGAUAAAGCAGAUACACACAAAAUGAUGGAGGAAAAUAUCAAAAAGCAAACAAGGAAAGUGGAGAAGAUUCAAGAGGAUGUAGAGAAACGCAUUUUCAAGCAUUCGGAGCUAUAGACUGUUUUAUAAGUAUUAGAAUCUCAGUAAAAUGUUUUUUUUUCUAUUUAAAGAAUACUUUGAGCUUCCAUUGUACAUCCGAAUGAUACGUAUCAUCGGAUUCGUAAGACUAGAUUCAGACUGUAACAUGAUGGAGGGCCAACUUGAUGAUAUUUCUCAUGUUGAUAAUUUGAACAGCCAUAUGUUAUUCAAUAUGUAGACUGGACGGCCCAUAAAAAAACAUGUUUUGAUAUCGACAUCAAAUUGAAUCUAAAUCAUAUGAGCUGAUUACUCAUUUCGUUAUCAUAAACCAUCAUCAAAAUUAGUUUUAUUUUUUUUAUCAUCGAUAGCAGAAAUAGUUUUCAAUUUGAUGUCACAUUAGGAAUUUUCUGCUGCAGGUUUUGUAAUUUUAACAAUUAAAACGACCAAAAGUAUGUCUGUCAGUUGAACUUAAUAUAUAUAUAUUUUUUAUAAUUAUUAAUACUAUUAAAGAUGUGUUUAUUGAAGAUACAAUACAAUUAACAGAGAGACACAGACAAACAGACAUAACACUCAUAAAAUUAUCAUCGCACUGAUUUACUGGUCAAUUUAAAUAAUCAUUAGUUGGCCAGUCGAUCACUCGUGGUGCACGCAUCGGAUUCGCCCCAGUUUGACGUUUGCUCACUAUCGCCAUCUGGUUCGUGAUUUGCCCAACUUAGUUUAAACAACAGAUGUCGGACGAUGCUUUGAUGUGUGAAUGUCCAAUGAGUUAUUACAAAAGUGUCGUAUGUAUUUCUUUAAUUCAACGUAAAUGUCAAAUAAAGGAUUAAAUAUACUAAAAAACAUAUUGAUUUUAUAUGUCGUGUCAUUCAUUUAUAACUCAAGUAUGCGUACGGAGUAAGCUGUAUUUGUAAUAAAAACACUAAA